AUGCCGUGGCUUCUGAGCAAGAAGCGACGGCAGUCGCCCUCCAGCAGCCCCAGUGGGCAGCCCUGGGCUGCCACCAGCUCCAGCAGCGCCUCCCAGCUCCGGGAGCAGGGGCUGGGCAGGCUGCACCGCGCGGCCGCCCGCGGUGACCUGGGCUGGCUGAGGCGCUGGCGCUGGUACGUCAAGGUAGUCGGCAUCGACAGGCCAGACCAGGAGAUGCGGACACCUCUACAUCUGGCUUCAGCCAAUGGCCAUGCAGAUGUCGUCAGAUAUCUGCUAAGAAAGAACAGCCAGCCCAACCUCACUGACAACUUCAAGAGAACAGCCCUGAUGAAGGCAGUCCAGCAGGAGCAGGAAGAAUGUGUUGCUGUUCUGCUGGAACACGGUGCCGACCCCAAUCUGGCAGACGCUGACGGCAACACUGCCCUUCACCUGGCUGUGCUCUCUAAAAACACAGCUGUAGCAGGGCUGUUACUGGAGCAUCAUGCCAACAGUGAUGCUCAGAACCAGUGGGGAUUUACCCCCUUGAAACUUGCAGCCUUGCAACAGCACGAGGAGAUUCUGGAGUGCCUUGUGAACAAAGCAGCUGACAGGCCUGCUCAAGGCCAGGGGGAAAGGAGUGCUCUUGUGGUUCCUGGAAGCCAUGGGGCUCACCUGGAGGAAGAUAAUCUGCGCUUGCAGGAGGAGCUGGACAGGGCUGACGCGGAGCUGCAGGAGGAGGAAGAAAAGCAUCUUCAGUCUGAGCAUUGUGUUCCUGACUUGAAGACUGCCUUGGAUGCCAAGAAAAGAGAGGCAAUAACUUCCUCCCAGGAACUGCAGGACCUCCUGGAAGAAGACGCGCAAGACUUUGCAAGUGAGAACAGCGGAUUGGAAGGCACUGUCCAGCAGCCAAGCGAGAGCGUUGAAGCCCUUCCGAGAGCCCUGCAAGCCUCUGCCUCAGGUGGUGAACUUUCCCAGCAGCUGGACAUGGAGCCUGGAACAGGCAUGCAGCUCGAGGCCCUAAACCAGGCUUUGCAAGAAGAGCUGUCCACUCUGCUUGGGAAGUGUGAAACACUGGAGAAGAGCAAAUGUCAGCUGCAAGAAGAGGUGACAAAACUCCACCACCAUUUGGAGACUUUGGUGCUGGAUGGCAGCCAAAGAGAACAGUGUACAGGAGAGGUGGCAGAAGGAGCUGACCAGGAAAGAAGUCCAAAGCUACAAGAGGUCAGCCUCGUUUUGCAGGUAAGUGAAUUUCUCCCCAGUGUCCACAGGCUCUUCAUUAGGAGCUUUGAAGCAGAGUGCUCAUUUGGGCUUCUUUCCCACUGCAAAGAAUUGUUUGCCCUGGUAGCUCCUGGGUUGUGCCUUGAUUGCUGCUGGGAGUGA